AAUAUAGGGAAAUAAUAUUUUUAUAUCUCUUUAAUAAUUUUUCAAUUUAGUUAAGUUAAAGCAGCCCAACGAUAAGUUGGUUUUUCUUUUAAUUUACAAAAUCAAUUUUGUUGUUUUUUUUUUUAUUAAAAGCUGUUGAAUGUCCACUGAAAUGAGUUUUUUUCAACCGAAUUGUUUUCUUAGUUUAUUUUUAAUUUUGACAAUUUUUCAGGCAUUUAACUGUCAAAUAAUUUUUCCAAGUGAUGAUACACCUAAACCAGCAAUUACCACACUUGUAAGAGCUGUAAAUUAUAGGGAAUGUAUUGGACCAAAUAGUAUCCAAGGUUUUUGUGUUAAAAUUCAUCAAUGUCAAGAUGUAUGGAAAUCGAUAAGGGAAGAAUCUUAUUAUAAGCUUUCUUUGGAUUUAAUUCUCUCUAGGAAACGUGAAUGUGGAGAUAUAGAUACAUCAUUGGUGUGUUGUGAUCCCAAUCAAAUAGAAAUAGAAGAAAGUACAGAAACUUCUGCAGACAUACCUAAUACCUCAACAACUACAUCAUCUAUUAAUAAAGAACUACGUACUAAAUUGCCAUUAUCAAAAAUAGAUUUGUUGCCUCAAGGCCCUCAGUGUUAUAUAGAUACAAAUUGGCGUAUUUUCGGUGGUACAGAAACGAAAUUAGGUGAAUUUCCAUGGUUAGCAUUAAUUGAAUAUGAAAAAAAAAACGAAGAUCCAGGACAUCAUUGUGGCGGCAGUUUAAUCAAUGACAGAUAUGUUCUUACUGCAGCACAUUGUGUCAAAAAAAUUAACAAAGAUUGGCGUUUAAAUACAGUACGACUUGGGGAGCAUGAUAUUGAAACGAACCCAGAUUGCGUUAUCGAUAUAAAUAAAAAUAAAGAAUGUGCACCAGUUCAUGUUGACGUUACAAUUGAAAAGGCUAUUGUCCAUGAGAAUUACAAUGCAAGUUCUAAAACUCAAUCAAAUGACAUUGCUUUAUUGCGUUUAUCAAAGCCUAUAAAUUAUACUAAAUAUAUUCGACCAAUUUGCUUGCCAAUUUCAAGUAAUUUACAAGAAUUAAAUUUAAAUGGAAUAUCUAUGGCAAUUUCUGGAUGGGGAAGAACUGAAACAGGUUAUGCAAGCACAAAAAAACUAAAAGCAAAGGUAGAUGUUGUUUCAUUAUCGUCUUGUAACAUUGUUUAUUCCGAAUACAAUGUUGCUCUUAACGAUAGACAAAUUUGCGCAGGUGGAUCCAAAGGUGUUGAUACGUGCAAUGGUGAUUCAGGUGGGCCAUUAGUCGGUAUUGAUACAUCUACCAAACAACAUUCAUUUUAUUUAGCGGGUAUAGUUUCAUUUGGUCCAAGUCCUUGCGGAUUGGAAGGGUGGCCUGGUGUUUAUACUAAAACAGUACCAUACUUGAACUGGAUACUAGAACGUCUUGAGCCAUAACUUCAAAUUAUGUAUUUUUUGUAUUAAAUUGUGAUAUAAGUUUGUCCAAAGGAAAAAAAUAAUUUUUAAUAUUCCAAUAUUUUGUAUUCCAAAAUAAUUUAUUUUAUACAUACAUAUGUACGAAAUCUUUUCCUUUUAAUGAUCCAUUAAAUUCUAAGGGGACAGGAUAUAAAGAAACUAUAUAAGUAUGUAUAUUAAGUUA